AUGGAGAUUGUUAGAUUCGCCGUCGCCGUCGUUUUAGUACUUUGCUCCGUCUCGCCGUCUAACGCCGCAACUGCACCGCCGAGCGGAGGAGGAGACGCGCACUCAAUGCCGUGUAUUCAGAAGCUGAUGCCGUGUCAGCCGUAUCUUCACUCGGCGACUCCGCCCCCGCCGCCUUCGUGUUGCGUGCCGUUGAAGGAGAUCGUCGAGACCGACGUGACGUGUCUUUGUUCCGUCUUCAACAACGUCGACAUGCUUAAAUCGCUUAACCUCACUAAAGAAAACGCUCUUGUUCUCCCUAAAGCUUGUGGCGCCGACGCUGACGUCUCACAAUGCAAAGCCAGCGCCGGUGGCGGUACUACUCCGUCUUCGACGUCGCCGGCAACUCCGAAAACUCCUCCGGCAUCUUCCUCUGGAAGCGAAUCCACCGGAGCUUCAGCUUCCUCCUCUACGGCCAAAUCAACAAACUCGGCUCCGACUAUCAACUUCGCCGAACUUAGCUUCGCAUCUGCUUUCGUGGCAUUGGCAACAAUCUUCUUCUGA